UUUUGACAGUAGGAAGUAGCUAGGUAAAAAAACAGCUCAUUCAGGGGGUCUUCUUGACAUAAAACAUUAUCUGUAAUGUAAGGCCGUUAAACCGCACGUCGAGGAAAGAUAUGCCUUAAUGUAUUUUAUACCUGAGGCUAGCAUUACGGAGACGACUUCUCGUCCAUACGUCAUCCAGAUGAGGCAUGCUGGAAGUAUGCAGCCCGUAUAUAGAAGAGAUGCUGGAGUCUGGCACCAAACAAGAAGUCUUCUCUACAAAAAUCUGCUCAUCAAAUGGAGGACCAAGCAACAGAGUCUCCAGGAACUGAUCCUACCUCUGCUUCUGUUGGGUCUUCUGAUACUCAUCAGCACCCUGAAUCCUCACGUUUAUUAUGGAGGCAUCAGCACCAUGGACCUGGAGCGCGAAGACCACUUCUUCAAGGGCUUGGGCUACACACCAAUUACUAACAUCACCAACCACAUCAUGGAAGAGGUGGCCCAGGAGAUGCACAUGCAGGAUCAUCUGGAGAUGUUUGCCAGUGAGGAGGACCUGGAGAACGCCAGCCUUUAUGAGCCUUCCAGCUACGUCGGUGUGGUGUUCCUGGACAGCUCCGCCACAUCUUACAGGCUACGCUUUCCGUACAACCACCUGCCCUUUCCCAGCGAUUACACAGAAUCUAUUGCAAACUGUUUUACCAGCUCAGUGAACUGCAGAGCGGCUAACUACUGGUACUCUGGCUUCAUCCGCCUGCAGUCUCUGAUCGAUGCAGCCAUCAUCCAGAUGCAGACCAAGCGUUCUGUUAGGAGUGAGAUGGACCUGAGUGUAGUGAUGAUGGGUCAGCCAGGCUCUGUGGAGGUGCAGAAAUUCCCCCACGCCCUCAUCUCCAUCUACCUGGUCCUGGCCUUUACGCCGUUCGUCACCUUCCUCAUCGUCAACGUGGCAGCUGAGAAGGAACAUCGCCUCAAAGACACCAUGACCAUGAUGGGGCUCUACGACACCGCUUUCUGGUUGUCAUGGGGUCUCCUGUACGCUGCCCUGGUAACCACCAUGUCCUUCCUAAUGUCCAUCAUCGCUACGUACACGGCCCUGUUCCCUAACAGUGACUUCUUGGUUAUAUUCCUUCUCAUCUUCCUCUACGGAAUAUCAUCGAUCUUUUUCUCCUUCAUGAUGACCCCGCUAUUUAAGAAGCCCAAGUUUGCCAGCACAGUGGGCUCCAUGCUGACGGUGGUGUUCGGCUGCCUGUCCCUGUUCACCGUGCUGAUGAAGGACUUCCCUCAGCCUCUGGUCUGGCUCCUCUGCCUGCUCUCCCCCAGCGCCUUCUCCAUCGGGAUUGCACAGGUGGUUUACCUGGAGGCCCAGGGAGAUGGUGCUGUGUUCUCCUCCCUGGCUAACGGCCCUCAUCCUCUGUACGUGCCCCUGUUCAUGCUCGUUGUGGACUGCAUCCUCUACCUGCUGUUAGCUGUCUACCUGGACCAGGUUCUGCCUGGGGACUUUGGAAUGAAGCGGUCCCUGGUGUACUUCCUGAAGCCUUCCUAUUGGUCGAAACGCAGAAAGCGUUACGUUGAAGUGAGCUCGGUAUACGACGCAGAGGUGAAAGGCACUUCAGGUGGCGACGAGCAUGUGGAACCCAUUUCACCUGAGUUCAGAGGGAAAGAGGCUAUCCGCAUCAAUAACAUCCAUAAAGUGUACAAAGAGAAGGACAGCGUGGUGGAGGCUCUGAGAGGUUUGACGUUUGACAUCUAUGAGGGCCAGAUCACCGCUCUGCUGGGACACAGCGGGGCUGGAAAGUCCACUCUCAUGAACAUCCUGUGUGGCAUCUGCACGCCCACCAGCGGCUCGGCCACCAUCUAUGGCUCCCCCGUAGCAGAGAUCGCAGAUGGCUCCGAAAUGAAGCAGCUGGUGGGAAUUUGCCCCCAGUUUAACAUCAUCUUUGAUGUGCUCACUGUGGAGGAGCACCUCCGGAUGUUUGCUGCCAUCAAAGGGAUCCUACCCUCGGACAUCGACGCUGAGGUUACCAAAGUGCUGAAGGAUCUAGACUUGGAAAAAAUUGCGACUGCUCAGGCCAAAAAUCUGAGUGGAGGCCAAAAGAGGAAACUCUCUGUGGGCAUCGCCAUUCUGGGAGAUCCUAAGAUCUUGCUCUUGGACGAGCCCACGGCCGGCAUGGACCCCUGCUCCAGACACCAGGUGUGGACGCUGCUGAAGAACCGCAGAGCCGGCAGAGUCACUGUCCUCAGCACACACUACAUGGACGAGGCUGACAUUCUGGCUGAUCGCAAAGCUGUGAUUUCUCAAGGACAGCUCAAAUGUGUUGGCUCUUCUCUCUAUCUCAAAGUCAAGUGUGGUGUUGGAUAUCAUCUCAGAAUGUCUAUCAACGAGGGAUGCGAAGCUGAAAAGAUCACGUCAUUGGUCAAGCAGCAUGUUACCAAGGCGAAGUUAUCUCGACAACAUGACGCAGAGUUGACCUUCACUCUGCCUCUGGAGGGCAUGGACAUGUUUUCAGGCUUGUUUUCGGAGAUCGAUUGCCAACCCAAUCUGGGAAUUAUCAACUAUGGGGUUUCUAUGACAACCCUGGAGGAUGUUUUUCUUCGUUUAGAGGCAGAGACCGAAGUAGACCAAGCUGACUACAGUGUGUUUAAUCGGGAGCAGACGGAGGAGGAAGGUGACAACGCCUCUGUGGACGAUACGGACCAGCGGCUGCUGACCUUCUCUGACAACAAGUCUGACGUCGUGUCGGGUCACGCUCUGUGGCGGCAGCAGUUCAGCACCGUGGCCUGGCUGCACAUGCUCAACAUGCGUAGGGAGAGGAAAGCCUUCAUUUACACUCUGGCCCUGUUCCUGGUGUUUGUGGCUGCAGUGCUCGUCCUUUCUCUGGCCACAGGAAACAUCCAGAUUCACUCCUCAGAACGCCAGUUUCUACCCAUUUACCUCCUCAACAAAAACGAGAUGCCGCACAGAUACUCUACCGGCCUCCUGGUUCAGAACUCCUCAGGCUCUGAUAUUUCUGACUUCAUCCACAACCUGGAGUCUCAGGACCUCAAAGUAGAUCUGAUGAAACACAGUGACUACAUGGCUGCAGCCCCCCACAGCGCCGCCAUCAACGUGACAGGAUCCAGCAAGGGGUUCAGGUACAGUGUUGCGUUCAACAGCACCACCGUUCACUCCUUGCCAAUGGCUGUCAAUGUAUUAAGCAACGCUCUUCUAAGAGGUCUGAAUGGCACUGGACAGAUAAGAACCUGGACCAAACCAUUUGAUUAUCAAAUGCCCGAUGCCACGUCCUAUGCUCUGGUAUACAUAGAGGCCAUCAUUCUGGGGAUGCUGGCUGCUGGGAUGCCUGCGUAUUUCGCCAUGGACCACACUCGAGACAGAGAGAUCAAGUGUCGCUCCACACUGCGUAUCUCUGGCCUGGUCCCGUCAGCGUACUGGUGCGGCCAAGCAGCGGUGGACAUCCCCUUCUACUACCUCAUCCUCUCCUGCAUGACCAUGAUCCUCUUCUCCUUCAACACCGGAAACCUGCUCACCUCCAGCAACCUCACCUCUGUGGUGCUGUGUACUGUUGGCUUUGGUCCAGCCAUGAUCCUCUUCUCCUAUGUGUGUUCUUUUGGCUUCGCUCGAGUCCAGAGCAACAGAGAUUUCUUCUCUGUAAUCUCCAUGAUGGUGUGUGUGGUGUCGGCCUCGCUGGUUCAGUUGUCAUUUGUAAACGACAACCCUGAACUGACCAGAAACCUGCACAACGCCCUGUGUUUCUUCAACCCUCUGUACCCUCUCAUGGGCUGCCUCAACUGCAUCACCAAGUCGACAUUCCUCCCCUCGCUGUAUGAGGCGAACUUCUUGUGGAAAAACCUGCUCAUUGCAGUUGUAGCUCCCUAUCUGCAGUGCAUCCUGCUGCUCUUCCUGCUGCGUUGGCUGGAGAUCCGUUACGGAGGGAGGACCAUCAGCAGUAUCUCAUCCAAGUCAAAGCCCAGACUGGACAAAAACAUAGAGGAAGGGCUGAACGAGGAUGAGGAUGUUCGGAUGGAGAAGGCCAGAGUGAAGGAGGCCCUCACCUGCCAGUCAUGUGAAGAGAAACCAGCGGUGGUUGUGAGUAACCUGAGCAAGCAGUACAAAGGCAGGAGAGAAAGCUUUUCUCUGAACAAGGGGAGGAAAGAGGCAACGAAGAACAUCUCUUUCUGCGUUCGCAAAGGGGAAGUUCUUGGACUGUUAGGCCCCAACGGAUCAGGAAAAAGCACCAUCAUGCACAUGCUGUCGGGGGACACUGACCCCACCUCAGGCCAGGUGCUGAUGGGGGACUACAGCACAGAGUUCCGUCCGGUGGAGAAUCCUCUGGAGCAUGUGGGCUACUGUCCUCAGGUGAACCCUCUGUGGCCCAGGAUCACACUGCAGGAACAUCUGGAGAUCUACGCUGCCAUCAAGGGCCUGAAAGGACACGAUGUUCCUGACAUCAUCAAACGUGUGGCGAACGCUCUGGAGCUCAAGGACCAUUUGAAUAAACAAACCAAGACCCUGUCAGCAGGACUCAAGAGGAAGCUGUGCUUUGCUCUGAGUAUGAUCGGGAAUCCUCAGAUCGUCUUACUGGAUGAGCCGUCCUCAGGGAUGGACCCCAAGUCCAAACAGCGCAUGUGGAGGGCCAUUCGUGCUGCCUUCAAGAACCGUCAGCGGGGAGCCAUCCUCACCACGCACUACAUGGAGGAGGCGGAGGCCGUGUGUGACCGCGUCGCCAUCAUGGUGUCCGGACAGCUCAGAUGCAUCGGCUCUAUCCAACAUUUAAAAGGGAAAUACGGUCGCGGCUACAGUCUGGAGGUGAAGCUCAGAGAGGAGCUGACGGGGCUGCAGCCGGUGGCGCUGCUGCACAAAGAGAUUCUCCGAAUAUUCCCCCACGCUGCCCGGCAGGAGAGCUUUGCUACUCUGAUGGUUUACAAGAUUCCCAUGGAGGAUGUCAAAUCUCUGGCAAAGGCAUUCUCUCAGUUAGAGAGUGCCAAGCAAAACUUCAACUUUGAAGACUACAACUUCUCCCAGUCCACCUUGGAGCAGGUGUUCAUGGAGUUUGCCAAGGAGCAGGAGAGCGAGGAGGAGGAGGUGGGCUCCCUCAGCACCACGUUCCAGUGGCAGCGGCUCCGUCAGGACGGCUCUGUGCCCGCCACCCACCCCGACAGCAUCGUGCACCAGCUGUGAGCCUGAGAGGAGCCGUACUCACCCGUCCCAACGUGCCGGGGCCUCUGCGCCUAAGGGCCCACACCAGCACCCGCCCGCUCCACGCACCUUCCACCCCCCACCCCAAUGAACGGACAGAUGUGUGGGGGCUUUCACACACACUGGCUCUUUCUGUGUGUGUCUGGGUUCAGGGCUGUUUUCUCGAGGCGUGCAUGUGUGUGACCCUCGUCCACUGGUGCUCCGUGUUUCUGCGUCGCACUAACCCAGGGGCGUCUUCGACACGCUGAUGCGACACCUCUUUCUAACGGUGUUUUUUAUCUUCACAGGGGAAAAGAAAAAAUAUAUAAAUAAUAUUUAUGCUUUGUAAUCCGUCCUCCUCUGCGGGAAGCGGUACAGUAAGUGUGUUUGCUCGUCUCUUCAGGUGUUUUGGUGUGUUUGUGAAUUUUUACAUGUUUUGUAACAGAACUAGGGAUCCGCCCACGACCGUACCAAAGCAGCACAUCUCCGAACUACACACCUCCUCACACGGACAAUUUAUUUUUGUUGUCAAAAGCACGUGCAUUAAUAGUUUUUAGACCAAGUCCCCUGCUUAACUAACAGGUUUAUUCAUCCAUUCAGUCCCAGAGUCUCUUCUUGUCAUUUUACACCAGCAUGCACAUCUUACUAACAUCCAGUAAGCUUUCUUCAGGGCCGAGUGUUUCAGCAUGCACGCUCAUGAGGAGGUUGAUUAUUUACAGACGGUGUUUGGAUGAAGGGUUUCUGAUGAUUCUUUUGCCUUGUGGCCUUCCUCUCUGCAGGUUUAGCUUUGGUCUAGAUCCCAUAGCUUGGGAGUGUUAGAAUAUGCACACCAGUACAUGUAGCACACUGCCCUCCUCAGACACUAGCCAGGGCCCAUUACCUCACACGUUAGAGGCGGAGCCUGUGGUCGCCUUCACAUUCAGACGGGGCUUUUUGGAGCCGUGUCCUCUGAGACUUUUGAAAACUGAAUGUACGCUUGGCAUCCGCUAAGAGGAGGGUUUGUAACCCAUCACUCUGUUUCACUUUGGUGCCAUUUUUCAAUCACGCAGCUGUGUUUUGUUAGCUCUAUCUAAGCCUCUUGGUGUGUGUAUCGUGUCGUGUGUGUAUACUUCGUGUGGCCGCGCCUGUAUCUGCAUAAUCUACUGUUUGUACAAGCUGGUGCGUUGUUGGUGCGAUACCCAUCAGCAAACACAUAAAUAGUAAUUUUUUUCAUGACAUUCAGGUGAGAGGAAGGCUGAAGGGAAUUUGUAAAAAUGUGAUUUGUACGGCUCAGUUUUAUUUUUUUAAUGAUCAUAUACAGACCUUGGAGGGUGAUAUCUGCCAUUAGAUAUUUUACUUGAGGUGGACUCAGCAGCAACGACUGUGGCCGCAAACCUCUCUAAUCUUCAGAGGAAGUGUAGCAGAGGUACACUGCCAGGUGCGUUAGAUUUGUCCACCUCUGUCAGUCAGAACUUCAUCUCAUGGAUUCAAGUUGGUCUUAUAAUGCAGCUGUGGAGCAGAAGCUGGAGGUACAUUUAAAAAAAGAAAAUGUUUUGAUAUGAAGAUAAGAUGCUUAUUUAUAUGAAAUAUCAUGAACUUCAAUACCUUUUCUGACCAGAGCUUGCUGCAGCUUUUAUUUAUCCCAUUACAUUUGCCGUUGUAACCUGUUAUUUCAUGGGCUGAAGUACGAGAGGACUUGUGCAUUUUCAGUUCAUCUGAAGCAUUUGUAAGUGUAGCCGAUUGACUUCCCAUCAUGCACUACAGACACUAAAGAUUUCAAAUCACUGAGCUUGAGAAAGUGAGUGGGAGUAAUGCCUGAGGUCUUUUUUUAAAUGGGAAAACUUUAUGUAAAUGCUGUCCCUAUUUUCUUGCAAACAUGUAGCCUUGGUACUUUUUUUUAAUGUGACAAAUGAAAACACUGCCUCUGCAUGACUUUAUUUAUGUGUUGCCGGUAUGGAUGUUUUUUUUUGGAUGUCAUAUAUACACUGUCUAUAUUUUACAUUUGCUUUCCCAAGUGCAAUGUAGGGUUAGGGUUUGGUUCACAAAUGCAAACAUUCUUUAACAUUCAUGUGACCUGUAGCCACCCAGACUAACAUGCACUUAUCUAACCCCCGCCUCCUUAAACAAAGCAUCUAGUUGGAGUAUUUAACGUGAAGAAGUUAUUCUUUGCCUCUGUGGAAGUGGAGCAUUUAGGCAACUGGCGAUGAAGGUGGAGUGGGUUUCAUUUUGUGGUACAAUUGCACUGUUUCUGGGAAAUGUUAUAACUUUUCUUUAUAUUAUGCAAUCUUUGUAAGAUUAUCUGUGCACUGAUUUAAUUUUUUUUAAGACUGUGGUUUAGCUCUGUGCUGUGUUUCCUCCUGUGUCCCCCAUGUCUGGAUGGACACUCAUGAAGUCUGUGGUCUCUACACGACCUUCUUAAGAAUAAAUGUUAAUCCAAAUUA